UUCAAACUUCACUUCAGUUCACUCUGCAGUAUAGAAAUGAAGAUGAUUUGAUGAAAAGUCUUUUAUGUCUGAUCUGGAUAAAGUUAUUGUUUUGUUUACGUUAACAUCUAUAUAAUUAAUUCCUCAUUAUUUGUUUGUGUUUUCAAGGAGGCUUUAUUAAUUGGUUGUCGUAUCUUACUUUUCUUCCAUUGUUGCGCGCCCGGAAUCUGUCUCCAUGCCCGAUUCUCUCACCGAAAUCAAUCCCUCAUGAUCAUCACUAAGCAAAAUAGUACGCGCACCACCUUGUAAGCACUUUACCGUUGCUUCUUCAUUAAGGGUUGCAUAUAUUCAAUUUCUUAUAUUCGCCUUAUCGUUCUUUCUUCUCUCGAUUCGCGAACUAUCCUAGGUAUUCUUUUCCACUUCCACGUUCAAUAUCUAUUCGUAGUCAAAGUCAUGAUUUCAUGAUUUCAUGAUUCAUGAUUACUUCUAAGCGUUCGGGACAUUUGCCCUGCGUGUGUGGAGUUGUCUUUGCCUCCUCGCUCGGUGCCUGCAGCUCUUCUCAUAUCGAAGAUAGUUUUGGUAUACUUCCUCAACUCUGAUAUUCAAAAAAAGACCAGAACUCUUUUCUCCAUAUUUUUUUGGGGGGAUAUUUUCGUUGGCUUGUCAUAUUGAUUAGGAUAGAUACUUGUCAAAUUAUUGACUGACAACUAAUAGCAAUGUCGAUGCAUCCGAACUAUUCCCAUAAUGGGAGUCUUCCACCCCUAGUACGAUUCACUUCUUUUACUCUUCAAUUCUCUCAUGACCUUCGAUCUGAUGGGAAAUCUAGUAUUAUCCUUCGCCUCCCUCCAUGCAUACUUCAGACUCCGGGUAUGGUUCCACACGUGGAGAGAUGGGUCCACCAUCAUUGGAUCUCCCGCCUCAACCUAUUGAGAUUGAUCUGAGUCUAAGGACCCUUCCACAUCCGGCUUUCCCUUCAAUUUCUUGGGAGCCAACAUUGCCUUCUACCCAUGGAUUUUCUGAUUUGAACUCUCCAUAUGAACCAAUUUCCAGGAUUCAACAACUGCCAGUGGAUCGGACGACUGGCCAGGCUCCAUUACUCCAAUGGUAUGCUGAUAAUGAUGGACCCUGGUACCCAAAGACGAUUUCAGAUCCUGUCUCGGACGAGAGAGCAAAUAUCAAGGUUCGUUCAAAUAAUCGAGCACCCGUUGCUUUUGCCGUGCCAUAUCGUGAACAAGAUCACUUGGGGAAUGGGUCCUUUCAUUUCGGUGCUCCACCACAUUCAGAUUCCGGAUAUGGAACCAGAAGGAGCGUUGGAAAUGCUUCAAUCUUUAGCGCUGAUGUGAGUGAUCGCGAUCAAGACUGCCAAAGCUUAGCGGGUCAUGUUGCAGGUGAUCAACCAUUUCCAGGCUUAAAUGAGGCAUUGCAAUCUCGUGAGAAUAGGACAAGCGAACCAUGGCCAUUACAGCUACCGGCAUCAAUCAACUCUCCAGGUCUAUUUUGUUCAACGUGUCAAAAAUUCGUCAAAACGAAAUCAGAGUUAAAGUACGUAUUACAGCAAUAUGGGUUGAGGAAGUAUACUAAUUUUUUAUAGGAAGCAUGACUUACGACAUAAAAAGCCUUUUGUGUGCAAGUAUCCAGGUUGCACAAGGGCCGAAGGAUUUAGCACAACCAACGAUCUAGAUCGACACACCAAGAGCAAACACCCUUUAGCUACGACAUCAAGGGCGGAAUCAAUGAAGAAAUACCACUGUGUCGUAUCCGGAUGUAAGUCUAAGGACAAAGUUUGGCCUCGACUCGACAACUUUCGGAGUCAUUUAAAACGAGUUCAUUCCAAUUACGUUAAAUCGGAAGAUAGUUUUGAGAAAAUUCUAAAGGAGUAGGUCUAUGAAGGUUUUGGCAACACUUGGAGCGACUAACCUAUCUUAGGGCAGAAUUUUUCGAACAGUCAGGUUUGAGUCAAGAUGCUCCGCUUCCCGCAGAAGUGUCUACCCAAAGUACCUCGUCCAGCAGGGAGAUCAAUGAAAGUUUACCCAAAGUCCGGGAUAUUAAAUCCAAUUGGAAGCCCGUCUAUCCAGAAUUGAUCCAGGAUCUGGUUACCCCAAUGGAUACCCCAAUUGAGAAAUCCUUCGUCCCGGAUGCCAAUGACAGGAGCACUACCAUACUUGGACCGAACAAUCCUACCUCGGAUUCACAUACCAGAGAUACCAUUCAACCAUCUGAAUUAUAUCGGAAUCCAAUUGGAGUUAUUAACAAGAUCCCAGUGGAAAGUGUUCUAUCGACCCCAGUGGGUACGAAGAGUGCAUUAGAUGUUAACCUUGAUCAUGUAAGCCGUCCAUCGGUAGAGAGAAAUCCAUUACCAUCUGCAGCUAAGGCGUCUCAGCUUAGUAGCGUCUCAGCCACAGAUGCAGCCAUUACGGAAGUAAUCAGAACUGCGUUGGCCGAGACGAAAAAUGCAUUUAACGUUGGUACAUUAUCGAUGGAACGGAAAGUUUUGCCUAAUGGAAAAUUUUCUUCUGAUGAUUAUUACUGGGGAUCCACAACAGAUAAAGAUGCGUGCUCAUUAGAUGAACUUAACAAGUCCAUAUCUUCUACAAAAUACGAUUCUCUGGACCAGGAAAAAGCCGUCGAAGUUUUCAAAACCCUUCAGAAGUUUGGUUACAUUAUUCAAAAGGAUCCAAAUCAUACUCGGAAACAAAAUAUUGGAUCCGUUGCCAGUAAUAAGAGUGACAACCAAGUUAUCUGUCAGGUUUGUGAAAAGUUCAAAGGACGACCUUGCGAGUUAAAGUAAGAUGAAAUUUAUCUCUUGCAUGACUAUUGCUAAUAAUUAGACAGAAAACAUAUGAAACGCCACGAGAGGCCGUAUGGCUGCACUUUCUUAACCUGCAAUAAAACUUUUGGGAGUAAAAAUGAUUGGAAACGACACGAGAAUUCACAACACUUUCAACUGGAGAGUUGGCGCUGUGACAAGGAGAAACCUGAAGGAGGCGCAUGUGCCAAAGUCUCUUAUCGCCGUCAAACGUUCCAAGAUCAUUUAAAAAAAGAACAUGGUAUGCUUGACCAAGACGCUGUGAGGAUCAAGGUCGAAGCUUGUCGUAUCGGUCGGAACUGUCAGUCUCGUUUCUGGUGCGGCUUUUGUGAAAGUCUCAUUGAUCUUCAGAGGAAAGGUCUUCAUGCCUGGACAGAAAGGUUUGACCAUAUAGAUGACCACUUCAUGGGACGUCGGGGUACUCAAAAACAAGGCAUUCAGGAUUGGAUCCCAGUUGAUGGCGAUAAACCUAAAGGUGAUGUUGCCAGUCCAAAUUCUUUAGGUGAAUCUCCAUCAAAAGACGGUCGAGAGGAAUCUUCCCCCGAUUCUACCAACGAUCCUGGUAGAAGUUCACCUGAACCUGUGGAUAGCACCAGAGCUUCAUCCUCUCUGUUAGGACAAGAAUCUACGCUCUCGAGGAAGCGAGAACGCAGCGACGAUGAAAAUGAUAGACCUACAAAAUAUACGAAGAUUACGGAGAUUGUUUACUGUGUAAGCAUCAUCAUUUACUGUGCCGCAUGCAAAUACUAACAUAAUUAUAGUGUCAAUGUUCGGAUGAUCCAGGACGUACUCUUACUCUCAGCCCAAAAUGUACCUCCUGCAAUCAUCAUUACUGUAACGAUUGCAAACGAGAUUCAAUUGGCAACUGAAGGAGAUCAAAUGUUUUGACACUUGAUAGGAUAUUUUUGAAAUUUCAGCAGUUAGUUUAAUGAUGGUUAUCAAUUGGAGAAGAAUAAUCGUGUAAAAAUAUAUAUGGUUUAUUAUGAUGAUGGUAUUGGGUAGGAAUUUGAAAGCAAUAGGAGGGAAUAUAUCCAGGGAUUUUUUUUCACUUUGGCGCUUCCAUAUUUAACCUUGCGGAAGAAAGAAAAUCCAAACUUUUUCUCUCACUUUCCAUGGAAUGAAAUGUGAAGCUUAGCGAGGGGCACAGUACAUUAAUAACUCGUAAAACGACUCUUGAGAUAAAGUGUAUUUAUUGGACGGAGUAGAUGGCGGUUAAUUGAU